AUGUCUGAUUCACAAGAUAUACUGAUGGAUCAUGGAUCUUCGGAGAAUGAUCAAAAUCAACAAUCUAAUCAGCAGCAACAACAUUCUCAACAACAAUCUCAACAACAUCCAUCACAACAGAUUCAAACACAGCAAACACAACAGCAACAACAAGAUUCACAUCAUCAUCAUCACCAUCAUGGACAUCAUCAUUCUGAUAAACAACCAAUACCAAUUGAUCCCAAUGUAAAUCCAGAAAAUAGAAUUGGAAAAUAUCAAGUACUAAAAACUUUAGGAGAAGGUUCAUUUGGUAAAGUUAAAUUAGCACAACAUUUAGCAACAGGACAAAGAGUUGCAUUAAAAAUUAUAAAUCGUAAAACUUUAGCAAAAUCAGAUAUGCAAGGUAGAGUUGAAAGAGAAAUUUCAUAUUUAAGAUUAUUAAGACAUCCUCAUAUUAUUAAAUUAUAUGAUGUUAUAAAAUCAAAAGAUGAUAUUAUAAUGGUUAUUGAAUUUGCAGGAAAAGAAUUAUUUGAUUAUAUUGUACAAACUGGUAAAAUGCCAGAAGAUGAAGCAAGAAGAUUUUUUCAACAAAUUAUUGCAGCAGUUGAAUAUUGUCAUAGACAUAAAAUUGUUCAUAGAGAUUUAAAACCUGAAAAUUUAUUAUUAGAUGAUAAAUUAAAUGUUAAAAUCGCAGAUUUUGGAUUAUCUAAUAUAAUGACUGAUGGUAAUUUUUUAAAAACAAGUUGUGGUUCACCAAAUUAUGCAGCUCCAGAAGUUAUUUCUGGUAAAUUAUAUGCUGGACCUGAAGUGGAUGUUUGGUCUGCUGGUGUUAUAUUAUAUGUAAUGUUAUGUGGAAGAUUACCAUUUGAUGAUGAAUUUAUACCUGCUUUAUUUAAAAAAAUAAGUAAUGGUGUUUAUACUUUACCUAAUUAUCUAAGUGCAGGUGCUAAACAUUUAUUAACUAGAAUGUUGGUUGUGAACCCCUUAAAUAGAAUAACAAUUCAUGAAAUAAUGGAAGAUGAAUGGUUUAAAAAGGAUAUGCCAGAAUAUUUAUUACCACAACAAAAAGAUAAACGUAAUAAAAUUGAUAUAGAUGAAGAUGUUAUAAGAGCAUUAAAAGUUACAAUGGGUUAUGAUAGAGAUGAAAUUAUAAAUGUAAUAGAAACAAGCAAUAAGAAAAGUUCACCACAAGAUCAAAGUAAUGAAAUUUUAGAUGCUUAUUUAUUAAUGAAAGAAAAUCAUUCAUUAGUUAAAGAUUUAAAAAAAUCAAAACUGGAUAAUGUUGAAAGUUUCUUAAGUUCUUCUCCUCCUCCUUCUGGAGCAAAUGGUGGUCAUUUUACAAAUCAACAUUCUACAAGUACGGCACCAGGAGUACAACAAUCAUUAACUUAUCAAACAUUAGCAACUGUACCAGAUUUAUCACAAUUACCAAAUUCAACAAUAGCAAUAUUACCUUCAAGUUUACCAUCAAUUCAUAGAGCUUAUAUGAGUGAACAUCAACCAAAUUCACAAAUACAAUCACCACAACCAACAAAAAAAUCUAAAACAAGAUGGCAUUUUGGAAUAAGAUCAAGAUCAUAUCCAUUAGAUGUUAUGGGAGAAAUUUAUAGAGCUUUAAAAAAUCUUGGAGCAGAAUGGGCUAAACCCACAGAAGAAGAAUUAUGGACAAUAAGAGUAAGAUGGAAAUAUGAUGUUAGUAAUAAUCCAGAAAGUCAAGCAUCAUCAACAACACCAAAUUUAAUGAAAAUGCAAAUACAACUAUUUCAAUUAGAACCAAAUAAUUAUUUAGUUGAUUUUAAAUUUGAUGGAUGGGAAUCAGAAGAUGAAAAUUUAAAUAAAAAAGUAAAUGAUCAAGAAGAACAAAAUAGAAUGAAUCAUAAACAUCAAGAUUUAGAUGAAGUUGGCAGUUUCUCUGCUUAUCCUUUUUUACAUUUAGCUACUAGAUUAAUAAUGGAAUUAGCAGUAAAUAGUCAAAGUGGAUAA